AUGGAUCAUUCGUCUCCCAAUCUAUCAAGGCCUUCGAUAGGAAGCAAACGUCCGCACGAAGAGAGUGACCAUGGUGUGAGCAAAAGGCAGCGCGUUGUACACACAUACGCCGAACACAAUGAUCUAGACAAAGAAGCUUCCUUCCAGAUUCAGCAAAAUUGUGGUGCGAAUUCAUCAUACCCCACAUGGAGUGGUCUCAACCCUUUCGAUUACACUCCUGACAUCCGGCGAGGACAGCGUGUGGUGCAGUGUGCAGGCGAACAUGAUGGCCAGAUAUCCACCUUUCGUUCUGUUCCGGCCUAUAAAUCGUUAUCACACUAUGGGCACGCAUCGCCGAAUACGUAUGUUCGAGCCAUGGAUAGUCGCCCUCCAGAUAGUCGCCCUCCAGAUAGUCGCCCUCCAGAUAGUCGCCCUCCAGAUCUGCUGAGCACAUAUUUCUUGGGGAGUGCGACUGAUCAGCGACUCCCACAUCAAUACCAGCAUAUAGGAGAUGGAUUCGAAGACGCAGAGUCAGCUCGUGGCCCUGUAUUUCCUGCCCAAAACUGGCAAGAUCCCCAGUAUGCACAUUCGGAAUCAAUCCCGCCAGCGUACGAUUAUCAUUUCGGUCAGCAGAGCUUUGUCACGGGUGGACGAGCAAUACAACCCAUACAUAGGCCCCUUCAGUUUGCCGAACAACAAAACAAUCAUCAGUCUACCAUCUCAAGCGGCCGCUCUCGUGACCCGCGGAUGAUCCAACCGCAUUAUUCUGGGAGCCCUGAUAACCCUCAUCCGCGAUAUCCUGCUUUUACAUCGGCAAAACAUGUGGGGUAUGCCGCACAACAGCACGCUCCUCUAAACUUGACGCAGCCUCCACAAACAGUUGUGCAUGGGAUUACGAAAGCGGUACUGGGAAGUUCGGCCCAAACUCCAAUAGAUCUUGAUGACCUUUCCUCGCCUUCACGUCCAUUCAGAUCUGCGUCAUCUGAGAGUUAUAAUCCUGGCGACGAGACUCCACCCACAGCUCAUUCAGGGUCAGGCUCACCCCAACAUGCACUCGCAUCUCCGAGGUCAAGAGCAAAGCGAGCGCGGGAGAUCGAGGAAGAUGAAGCUGAGCGAGCAGCCAAAAAGGCUAAGACAGAAGCAGGUGUGGAUGCCGAUUUGAAAUUAUAUGACGAUAAUAUGGAGUUGAUUGAGCGGUUUUGUUUGACCAGGCAAAAUCUCAAGAAGGUCAAAUGGUUCGUCAAACUUGACGCAUGGAAGCGGGCAACUCAUAGGAUACUGCCUUCAACGAAGACAGCAGUUCCUGACGACAACACCUCACAGCGUCCGGUAGAUAGUACUGGCCCCGGAAAGCCAGACACGUUCGUUCGAGACGCGCUCGCCAAAGGGUCAAGGCCAGACAAGAUCAAGCAUCCGCGGGACAAGGUGUGUGUACCCGACUAUCCAAGCGACGACGAUAUCGACACUUGCACCCAGAUGGGAGACGGAAGGUACUACUGCACGCACGACUUUGGAAACCUCAAAUGCUGCAAGGAAGGUCUUGAUCGGUCAGGGAAGCUUUCAUCCAUCAACAAGCAAAUGAAUGCAUGGAGGGCGAAGGUCGAGCGGCUGAUAAUGAGCCAUGAUCUUCAUGCAACUCACAAGACAUGGGAUCGGUGUUACGACAGCGACCUACGAAAGAAAGAGAUUGAAGCUCAAAAUACCGCGAAGAGUGCUGCUCAGGCCGCUCAAGCUGCGCAGAUGCAAGCGCAAACCAAACCGCAGCAAGCAGAAAGGGUGGAAACGGCACCACCUCGUGUAGUUGUCGCCGACCCUGUGACCACGCCGGCUGUGGAGCCUUUAUCAGAGACGGCGUUGCCCCAGAGCAUCGAAGAUCAAGAUCAAGAUCAACCAGAGCCUGAUCUCACAAUGACACCUCCACAACAUGCCUUAGAUUCUCAUAUCAAUGAGGAACAGACACCCAUGCUAUGGGCUGAUGGCAGCAUCUUUGAUCUCGACGCGUAUCUCCAGAAUCCAUACGUGCUAGAUAACGAUUACGAUAAAUUUCUCGUAGGAGACCCGGCAGCUGUUCAGAGGGUUACCAACUCUUUCUUCGGUUUCAUCGUUGCUCAGGCUGCACGAGAGAGCCGCGUCCCUCCUGCAUCUGCCGUUUCCAAUCAUACAGAUACUGAUGGCAGUAUGCUUAGCUUCAACGCGAUUCCCACGGGCAACAAACCAAUAGCUAAGGAAGAUGACCGGUUUCUGGGCAAAGAGCCGAAAAUUGUCUACGAUACGAUUGAAUCAUCUAUUGAUCACUCCGAGGGCAAACCUUCGCAAGAGUAUCCGCAUGCAGGCGAGGUUUCAACAGUGGACAAAACAGCAUCCAACAACGCGCAAGUCAACAAAGCGGCCCCAAAAGCAGAGCGGAUUGUAUCAGUUUCAGCAGCGAAAGAGGGAGAAACCCCAACCGCCCGUAAAGCUCUCGAUCCCACACUGGUACGAGCGUUGAAGCAGCACGACAGACUGCACCGCGAUGCUCAAGACCGCGAGCAUCGCAAGCAAUGGCCCAAUCUCGAGCGACUCAACGCUUGGUGGUCAGCUACCCGGCGAAAGGUACAAGGUUUGCCUCUUACGCCUGAAGAGCUGGAGCUGCUGCAACAAGCAGAACCGUCGUGGCUUGCUGAUAGGCGACCACCUACCACGGAACAUGUGGAGCCAAUCGAAGUAGGCGAAAUUGAUGAGGACGAUCUCGACGAUCUGUUCGUUGACAAAGACGAUGACACGUCCCUUUUUGGAGACGGCGAACUGCUUUGA